AGGUCACUUCCGGCGCGCAGUGACAUCGGGUUCUAGUCCACCGGAAGUUGUGGAAGCUGUGUGAAGUGUGUGUUUCUGCCGGUUUUUGGUUGUGUGUUACAUUGAAGCCGGGAGCGAUGCCUGAGCUGGCGGUAGAAAGAGUUGUGGUUCACCCGUUGGUGCUGCUCAGCGUGGUAGAUCAUUUUAACAGAAUUGGAAAGGUUGGGAACCAAAAGAGAGUCGUCGGUGUCUUGCUGGGCUCCUGGCACAAGAAAAUCUUAGAUGUCUCCAACAGUUUUGCAGUUCCGUUUGAUGAAGACGAUAAAGAUGACUCUGUCUGGUUUCUGGAUCACGACUAUUUGGAGAACAUGUAUGGGAUGUUCAAAAAGGUCAAUGCUCGUGAACGGAUAGUAGGCUGGUACCAUACUGGGCCAAAGCUUCAUAAAAAUGACAUUGCUAUCAAUGAACUCAUGAAAAGAUAUUGCCCAAAUUCAGUGCUGGUUAUAAUUGAUGUGAAGCCAAAAGAUCUGGGCCUUCCCACCGAGGCAUACAUUUCUGUGGAAGAAGUUCAUGAUGAUGGUACACCAACUUCGAAGACUUUUGAACAUGUGACCAGUGAGAUUGGUGCUGAAGAGGCAGAAGAAGUUGGUGUGGAACAUUUGUUAAGAGACAUCAAAGACACUACAGUGGGGACCUUGUCACAGCGAAUCACAAACCAGGUGCAUGGACUGAAGGGACUAAACUCCAAACUGCUUGACAUCAGGAGCUACCUGGAGAAAGUGUCCUCAGGCAAACUACCCAUCAAUCACCAGAUCAUCUAUCAGCUGCAGGACGUCUUCAACCUACUGCCGGACGUCAACCUUCAAGAGUUUGUCAAGUCCUUCUACCUAAAGACUAACGACCAGAUGCUUGUGGUCUAUCUAGCCUCGUUAAUCCGCUCGGUGGUAGCCCUCCAUAAUCUGAUCAACAAUAAGAUCGCAAAUAGGGACGCGGAAAAGAAGGAAGGUCAGGAGAAAGAAGAGAGCAAGAAGGAGAGAAAAGAUGAAAAGGAAAAAGAGAAGAGUGAAGCAAAGAAAGAAGAAAAGAAGGAGAAGAAAUGAGUCGUAUUAAUAGUAUAUUUUUGUUCAUGGUAUGGGUAGGCCUUAUUAAAGCAAAUCUUGUAAAGAGAAACUGCUCCGGCUUUUCUUCCCACUGCUGAGGGGUUGGAUCUGUAAUCGUUCAACAUCUGUGGAGGCAUGAAUGGCACAAUGCAUUGAAAACGGCUCCACCAUUGUGUUCUGUACUACAUCUCCCUUUCCAAUGUAUUCUACAAGUCAUAUCUACAUUCAUAUCUCCAAUUUUGUAGUUUAUUAGAAAGAUUUGGUUUUUUUUCUUUUUGAGAACCCUGCAUGUGAUGGAAGAGCAGCGUCUUCCUUGUGCGUUUUGAGAUUUAGCUGUAAUUUCACUUCUGCGAGAAUAAAAGAUGCGGUUUGUAAUGUG